GUCGGCGUUUACUGAGUAAUGCAAAAGUGACACACAAAUAUUCACUUAGUUUUGAAUCCAAAUUUACUCACCUCAACAAUCAGUUUUUGUAAAAUCGUUCAGUUACUUUGGGUCUUUGAAAGUAUUCAUCGGACAUUUAAGUGUCACCAACAUUGAAUUUUAUCAUAUUGAGCCGUGUUUUCCAAUUAGUUAUUCGGUAUCGAAAACGAUUAAACAAUUCGCUCUAAAUUUAAUUAGCAAUUAAACAUGUAAAACAUUCUAUGAUAAUAAAAAUUCCGAUUUGUACAAUUCUGGCUAUAAAUCAGUGCCAAAGUGAACAAAGGCUAGGUAUUUUGGAUUUUCCAGAGCCAACGCUUUGAUGGGACAAUUUUGGAUUUUCAUUUUGUUUGUUUGCAGUGGCACACAUGCAUGGACUUAUGACGAACAAGAUCGAUGGUCUGAGGAGUAUCCAGCAUGUGGUUCAAAUCGACGUCAGUCACCUAUAAAAUUUAACACAAUGGAGGUCCUCACCAAAAGCUAUCCAACCAUAACGUAUUGGAAUUACAAAACCCCCAACACUGUUACCAUAACCAAUAAUGGCCACUCGGCUGAAAUUCAAUAUCCCAAUGAUGUCGUCAAACCACAAAUAUCCGGUGGUCCCUUGCCAAAUGGCACAAUCUAUGAACUCGUCAAUGCUCACUUCCAUUGGGGUUCCAAUGAUAGCCUGGGAUCGGAACAUGUCAUCAAUCUGCAACGUCAUGCUGCUGAAGCCGUGCACUACAACAUCAAAUACGGCAGUCUGGAGGAGGCUUUAAAUCAUGGCGAUGGUGUGGCUGUUGUAACUGCGUUAUAUCGGACUAAUCCUUCACAAAAUCUCUCCGGUUUGCAAGGUGUCAGCGAAGCUUUAUCGAGUAUACGAGAAUAUGAAACAUCAACGGCAAUUGAAAAUUUUAAAUUAUCCGGUCUAUUCGAUGGCGUGGAUAAUUCGAACAGGAAUUUCUAUUACACCUAUUUGGGAUCGUUGACAACACCACCCUGUGCAGAGGCUGUAAUUUGGAUUAUCUUUUCGCGAUCGGUGGAUGUUAAUCCCCAGCAGAUGGCACCAUUCCGUUUACUUUUGGAUGAAUUCAAUAAACCGUUGGUGAAUAAUUUUCGAAAUGUUCAGAGGAAAAAUGGAAGAAAAAUCUACUUAAAAUGGUGGACGGAAUCGAAUAAGAAUUGAACGAAUGAACUACUAAUAAAUGGAAUAUAUAUUUAUGCAAUUGUGGAAAAAUAAAGGCACCACUAAAAGAGAC